AGGGGAAACAUAUUUUUAUCUAAUUCUUGUUCACUCUUUCUACCAGAUCGCUGAACCUGAGCCCUGGAACAAACCUCUACAAAUGAUAGUGCCAUUUUCAUUUUAGAAGAACGUUUGCCUGUCUUCUUCCCGAAAGCCGCAAAACGAUGCAAACUAUCAGGUCUCUUUUCAAUCCCAAAUGGUCAUCAGAUGUGCGUCUGGAGGGGAAGACAGCCAUAGUAACAGGGGCGAACACUGGAAUAGGCAAAGAAACGGCUAAGGACCUGGCCGCCAGAGGUGCCCGAGUGGUUUUGGCUUGCCGAGACACGGCGAAAGGAGAGCAGGCUGCGUCUGACAUCAUGCGGGAGGUGAAUGGAGCCAAGGUGGUUGUCAGGCAGCUAGAUCUGGCUGACACAAAAUCCAUUUGCCUGUUUGCUGAGACUAUCUACAACACUGAGAAGACACUAAACUACCUUAUAAACAAUGCAGGCGUGGCUAUCUGUCCUUAUGCAAAGACAGUGGAUGGAUAUGAGAUGCAGUUUGGUGUCAAUCACUUGGGUCAUUUCUUCUUGACCUUCCUGCUGCUGGACUUGCUGAAGCACUCGGUCCCAUCUCGGGUCAUCAACGUGUCCUCCACAGUUCAUGCCAUGGGCAAGAUCCAGUUUGAUGACCUGAAUGGGGAUAAAGAUUAUCACCCUGUCAGGGCCUAUGCUCAGAGCAAGCUGGCUAAUGUGCUGUUUACCAGAGAGCUGGCCAAAAGGACUGAGGCACUUGGUGUGAUGGCCUUUUCUGUGGACCCUGGCAUUGUAAACACUGAGAUUACAAGGCACAUUCGGCGCCCUCUUGUGGACAUAGCUAAGAUUUUCAGUUUCUUGAUAAUGACACCAGCAGAGGGAGCCUCCACCACCAUCUACUGCGUCAUUACUCCAGAGAAUGAGAUGCUCACCGGUGGAUUCUACAAGAACUGUUCCAGAGCAGACCCCUGCAGGGCAGGUGAGGAUGAUGGCACAGCUUUGAAGCUGUGGGCUGUGAGCUGCCGCCUGCUGGGCAUCCGCUGGAGAUAAAUAGCCUGCCUUCAUGCUGUGCAGCAAUGUUCUCACUCUAAAGAUUCCCUUUUCAUUUUAUGCACAAAAUGUUAAAGUUCCAUUGAACAUUAUGAAUUAUACCGACCACCAUUAAAAUGGGAGGAUUAUUAAGCUACCCCUC